AGAGAGCAGGAGUUGACCUACUCUGUUGUGAAGAAGUUGGGGAUCUUCCAACUCACCAACAAUGUAGAUUCUACAACCACACAUGUUGUAUGUGGCGAACCAAGACGCACUUUAAAUGUUUUACAAGCUAUAGCUCGAGGUUGUUGGGUUCUUAAAAAAGAAUGGGUAAUUUUUUUUUCCUUCAAAAUUAAUUUUUGUUUCCCUAGUUAAUUAAUUUAACAAAUUUAAAUAAUGAUUUUAUAUGAUCCUGUCUUGAUUUUGUGUCUCUGUUGAUUUCAGGUUUUGGAGUCGUUGGAAUCUGGUGAAUGGCUUGAAGAGGACAAAUAUGAAAUGGAUGCAGACUUCCCCGCUGCCAAGGUUGAUAAGAUCUCAAUUUUUAAAAUUCUGAUGUUUUAAUUAUUAGACUCAAACUUGUUUGUUUCAUUUCUUUUCUGUUAGAUCCUUAAAAAAUGUAUCUUGUUUUCCACUUAGUGGUACCGGUAGUUAACAUUACAUUUCUUUGUUUCAGAAAUAUUAAAAAUAAUAUUAAGUGAUACAUCUAUGUGAGACUUUGAAAUUAUAUAUUCUUUAUUGUAUAAUGAUUGGAUGCGUCAUAAUCUGAACUAGUAAUAUUUGGGGUAUGUUGAUUAUUUUUUUUUCUUCUAAUUCUAAAUUUUAUUUGAAAAUUUUUUAUUUAUUUUUUUUUCACUUAACAGAAAUCUCGGCUUGAACGUCAAAAAGCUGGUGUCCUCUACAAGAUGGAUUUAUUCUCAAAGAAGGGUCCAAUCUACGUCUCUGAUAAUUGUACACCCAAAAGAACAGAUGUGGUUCAUUUGAUCAACCUCUGCUGUGGCCACGUAUGUGUUCUAGUUUUCAUAAUUUGUUUCAAAAUCUGAUCCAGGUAUUUUUUGUUAAUGAAAUUUUCUUUGUGCUUAUCUAGUCCAUAAAUUAUAUAUACCAAAAGUAUUCCCUCCUUUGUAGGUGACUGGUUCUAAAGUUCGUGCAGCUCUACACAUUGGGGAUAAACAUGAUCCAGAGAAAAUUAUGAUACGUCCAACUUGGGUCUUAGGUAAGUCAUGCCUUAACUUUACUUAGAUUUAUUUUGCAGCAACUUUUUGUAUGUCUUAAGUUUUUUUUUAAACUCCUGUUGGACAUGAAACAUUGCUUAGCACCAAGGUUGCCCUGCCAUGCUUGACAUCAUCUUCAGUUUGAUGAGGACAUAGACCACUGACUGAAGGCCUAACCUAUGUUUUAGUACUGACCCCCACCACAUUAUAAGUUUACACAUUUUAACAUCUAAUGUUAUUUUCUAUUCAUGUUUACCUGCUCUCAUGAACAUUUAGAGAAAAAAGUUAACAAGGUAUAGCACAUCUUACAUGUUCUUCACAAAAUUGUUGUGUGUUAAUAGGACAUCUUACAUGUUCUUCACAACAUUGUUGUGUGUUAAUAGCACAUCUUACAUGUUCUUCACAACAAUGUUGUGUGUUAAUGAACACUGUAUAUAAAUAAAUCUAAGAUUAAGAUCACAGCUCUAUUUCUUCUCAGACUGCAUAAUGAAAAUGGAGACUCUAGACGUGAGCUCAGAGCAGUACAUAGUGCCUCCUCCAACAGCAUCCUCACAAAGAGAGUGUAGUCCAGAGUUCUAG